UCCGCUACAGCAGGAAGAUGGCGACGGACGGCGCGAGCUGCGAGCCCGACUUGUCCCGCGCCCCGGAGGACGCGGCGGGGGCCACGGCGGAGGCGGCGAAAAGAGAGUUUGAUGUGGACACCCUCAGUAAAUCAGAGCUGCGGAUGCUCCUCAGCGUGAUGGAAGGGGAGCUGGAGGCCAGAGACCUUGUCAUCGAGGCCCUGAGGGCUCGCAGGAAGGAGGUGUUUAUCCAGGAACGGUAUGGGAGAUUUAAUUUAAAUGACCCUUUCUUGGCACUCCAGAGAGACUAUGAAGCAGGUGCUGGUGACAAAGAGAAGAAGCCAGUUUGUACCAACCCCCUCACCAUUCUUGAAGCAGUCAUGGCCCACUGCAGAAAAAUGCAAGAAAGGAUGUCCACACAGUUGGCUGCUGCUGAGAGUAGACAAAAGAAGCUAGAGAUGGAAAAACUUCAGCUACAAGCCCUUGAGCAAGAACACAAGAAGUUGGCGGCCCGCCUUGAGGAGGAGCGGAGCAAGAACAAGCAAGUGGUCCUCAUGCUUGUGAAGGAGUGCAAACAGCUCUCGAGCAAAGUCAUAGAGGAGGCCCAGAGACUGGAAGAAGUAAUGGGCAAACUAGAGGAGGAAAAGAAGAAAACAAAUGAGUUAGAAGAGGAGCUCUCAGCUGAGAGACGAAGAAGCACAGAAAUGGAAGCUCACAUGGAAAAACAACUCUCUGAGUUUGAUACUGAACGGGAGCAGCUUCGUGCCAAGCUGAACCGAGAAGAGGCACAUACCACUGACCUCAAAGAGGAGAUAGACAAGAUGAAAAAAAUGAUUGAGCAACUGAAAAGGGGAAAUGACAGCAAACCAAGCCUCUCUCUCCCACGGAAGACAAAAGAUAGGCGUUUGGUUUCCAUAUCUGUGGGGACAGAAGGACUUGUGACAAGGUCUGUUGCUUGCCAGACAGACCUAGUGACAGAAAGCACUGACCAUGUGAAAAAGUUGCCUUUGACUGUACCUGUAAAGCCUUCCACAGGGAGCUCCCUAGUUUCCACAAAUGCAAAAGGGAAUGUGUGCACCAAUUCUUCACUGGUCAGACCAAGUAUUGACAGGCAGGCUUCCCAGGGUGACUUGAUUGGCUCCUCUCUACCUACUCCCCCACCUCUAAGUACAAGGAAAGUUGAGGAAAAUGGACCAAGCACUGACUCAACACCUGAUCUAACAAGUAGCACACCUCCAGUUCCCAGUAGUGCUGUCCCUCCCACCACUCAGGCACCAAGCAUAGCUCCCCAGAACUACUCACAAGCUCCUCCUAUGCACAGUUUACAUUCACCAUGUGCCAAUGCAUCUUUGCAUCCAGGUCUCAACCCACGAAUCCAAGCAGCUAGAUUUAGAUUUCAGGGCAAUGCUAAUGACCCAGACCAAAAUGGAAAUACUACCCAGAGCCCUCCAGCAAGAGAUGUCUCUCCUACAAGUCGUGACAACUUAGUGGCCAAACAACUAGCUCGGAAUACUGUGACCCAAGCACUGUCAAGAUUUACAAGCCCUCAAGCAGGUGCUCCCCCUAGGUCUGGAGUGUCCCCAACAGGGGAUAUUGGCACCUACCCUCCAGUUGGUCGGACCAGUUUAAAGACUCCUGGUGUAGCACGAGUUGACAGAGGAAAUCCUCCUCCUAUCCCACCAAAAAAGCCAGGGCUCUCCCAAACCCCUUCUCCACCACACCCCCAACUCAAGGUUAUUAUGGAUAGCAGCAGAGCCUCAAAUGCAGGGGCCAAAGUUGAUAACAAAGUUGUGGCUUCGCCUCCCUCCAGUUUGCCACAAGGGAACAGGGUAAUAAAUGAGGAGAACCUCCCUAAAUCAUCCACCCCUCAGCUGCCACCAAAACCAUCCAUAGAUUUAACUGUGGCACCUGCAGGCUGUGCCAUUUCAGCCCUGGCCACGUCUCAGGUGGGUGCCUGGCCUGCUGAAACCCCUGGACUGGACCAACCUGCAUGUUCAGACAGCUCCCUUGUCAUUCCCACCACCAUUACCUUUUGCUCUUCCAUAAACCCUGUUAGUGCCUCAUCCCGGAGGCCAAGUGCCUCAGACAGCCUCCUGGUAACAGCAUCAGGCUGGUCACCCUCCCUAACCCCUUUGCUAAUGAGUGGUGGUCCUGCCCCCCUGGCUGGCAGGCCCACCCUUCUUCAGCAAGCUGCUGCCCAGGGAAAUGUCACUUUAUUAUCAAUGCUGCUUAAUGAAGAAGGACUGGACAUUAAUUACUCCUGUGAAGAUGGCCAUUCUGCCUUGUAUUCUGCUGCUAAGAAUGGACAUACAGACUGUGUGAGAUUGCUGCUGAAUGCAGAAGCCCAAGUCGAUGCUGCUGAUAAAAAUGGCUUCACACCCUUGUGUGCUGCAGCUGCUCAGGGACAUUUUGAGUGUGUAGAAUUACUAGUUUCAUAUGAUGCUAAUACUAAUCACGCUGCUGCUGGAGGACAGACACCUCUAUUCCUGGCCUGUAAAAAUGGAAAUAAAGAAUGUAUCAAACUCCUGUUAGAAGCUGGCACUGAUCGAAGUGUAAAAACCAGUGAUGGGUGGACACCAGUUCACGCAGCUGUGGAUACUGGUAAUGUGGACAGCGUCAAGCUUCUGAUGUACCAUAGAGCACCAGCUCAUGGAAGUGCUUUGAGUGAAGAGGAGCCAGAGGCAGGUUUCUUUGCCUCAGAUCGAGAAGAGAGCCCUGAAGGCACAUCCAAGCCUGUGGUUUCUGCAGACCUCAUUAACCAUGCUGACAGAGAAGGCUGGACUGCUGCCCAUAUUGCUGCUUCAAAAGGUUUUAAGAACUGCCUAGAAAUCUUGUGUAGGCAUGGAGGGCUCGAGCCAGAAAAGAGAGACAAGUGCAAUCGGACAGUGCACGAUGUGGCCACUGAUGACUGCAAGCAUUUGCUGGAGAAUCUGAAUGCUCUUAAAAUACCUUUAAGGAUUUCUGUGGGUGAGAUUCAACCAGGCAGUGAUGGUUCUGAGGACUUUGAAUGCGAAAACACAAUAUGUACUUUAAAUAUCCGCAAACAGACAUCAUGGGAUGAUUUUUCAAAAGCAGUGAGUCAAGCUCUGACAAAUCAUUUCCAAGCAGUCUCUUCUGAUGGAUGGUGGAGUCUGGAAGACAUGACAUUUAAUAACACCACUGACUCCAUCAUUGGCCUCGGUGCAAGCAGUGUACGAUCCAUCAUACUAGGAAAUAUACCGUGGCCAGCUGGUCAGAGCUUCACCCAGUCCCCGUGGGAUUUCAUCAGAAAGAAUAAGGCGGAGCAGGUCACUGUGCUUUUGUCAGGUCCCCAAGAAGGCUGCCUCAGUAGUGUGACUUACACAUCCAUGAUCCCUCUUCCAAUGCUGCAGAACUACCUUAGACUGGUCGAGCAGUAUCAUAAUGUCAUUUUCCAUGGCCCAGAAGGAAGCUUGCAAGACUACAUAGCACAUCAACUUGCACUCUGCAUGAAGCAUAGACAAAUGGCUGCAGGAUUCUCCUGUGAAAUAGUGAGAGCAGAAGUGGAUGCUGGUUUCUCUAAGGAACAACUGGUUGACCUGUUCAUCAGUAGCGCUUGUCUGAUCCCAAUGAAGCAAUGUCCCGUUAAGAAGAAAAUCAUCAUCAUCUUAGAGAAUUUGGAAAAAUCUUCACUGUCUGAGUUACUGGGGGACUUUCUGGCACCACUUGAAAACCGGAGCACUGAUUGCCCAUGUACUUUCCAAAAAG